AGGUGUUACUGACAAAGACAAAUGGCUAUCACGUAUCCUCUCAGUAAAAGAAGGACGUCCGUUAAACACAAAUUACGUCCUCAAAUACGGAGCAAAUAGACUGCUACAGACAGUGAAUCUAUGUUCUAAGCUGAAGACACGGGCAUCAAGGCUGUAUUCUCGACUGGGAGAGACUGUCGACAACUGUUCACUCAAUAGUACUGAAAAGCUCUUGACACUGUCACUAUCAAAACCAAAGCAAUUCGAACUGGAAUACUAUACAUCGCGUGAUGUUGCCGUUCGCCGCUUUUACUUUGUUGUUAAUGACAUCUCUCGGAACCCUGAAGGUAAUCGACUUAAAUUACUUUCAUUUAUAAAUGUGUAUAUAUCUUUUUUCCCUUCCGUAUCACAUGCGCUAUCGAUUAUAUUCCACGACAUUACUAAAUAAUCUUUGUUCGCGCAGUUAAGCAGUAAGAAUGGGAUUUUCACUUCGGUUUAAUCGUAUGUAAGUCCUCCACAUGUGAACAUGCAACCUAAUUUUCAGGCAGCUAAGAGCUUAAUUAAUGCUGUAGUAUGCAAUGCCUUCAGAGGAAACACAAGGAAACUUUAUAAAAUGCAUAAGCAACAA